AUGAAACAACUUGUUUCUACACUCCCGAUACGCCCCCCUCCUCCCCUCCCAACUACACAAAUGCACACUCUUGCAUCCUUAAUUCCUCCCAACUCCAUUUUUCGUGUGAACUUGGCCACUCAUGCCCUGUCCCCUUCCACAGCGGUGAAUGAGUCGGGAUCGUUGCACUGCUACUUCUUCCGCUCGGUGUCGGCAGCCUGUGAGGAAGCAGCCAUGCAGCAGUACAGCGCUGCCGGCUCCCCUCCCUGCCGCCCGCUCUCCCAGCUAGCCGAUGUCGUUGCCUCCAACGACUCCCUCGUCUGUGCCCUCGCCACCCUCGAUCCCUCCUCUCGCUCACACUCCGAUGCUGCUAGGGCAUGGGGCGAUGCAUACAAGCAGCGGCCGUACCUGGUGGAGGAGAGGGGCAUGAUGGUCAACGCCACAGAGGAACAGAUGCAGGCCUACUGGUGGCAGGCGCAGGCGCUGCGCUUCCUGCUGCGCUGGCCCUCCGCGCUGCUGUGCCACGCCACCAACCGCAUGCGCCACUCGGCGUACGGGCUGCAGACCGCGCAGCAAUCAGCCGAGUACAUGACAGAGCAGCGCGAGAUAGUGGCUGCUCUCCGCUCCGACCCGCCCGACCCAAACCCCGGGGUACACUUGCGCGCAGAAGCUGCUCUUCUGUCCGCAUUUGACUACACCAAACACCCGAAUCUGGAAACAGAAGUGUGGCCUGGGCUGGGAUUCGCGGGGUGUGGAUAUGCUUCAGAGGGUGGAAGUGCGGGUGAGGAGCAAGGAGGACGUGAGGGGAGAGCGGAGAGAGCGGGGGGGUCAAGGGGAGAUGGAUGGACUGUUGGACCUUGGACUAUUGGAGAGUGGAAACUUGGACCGUGGACCAUUGGAGCAGCUGAGGAGGAGGAUGUUCCAGAGGAGAAGCCGCGGGCGCUGGUGACGUAUGAGGGGGUGGGCAGGGAGGUGGGUAUUCCACGGCCGGUGGUGAGCAUGCAUGUGGAGCAGCAGGUGGGUGGCGGGGCGGAUGCGCUGCUGCCGCUGCUCUCGCUGGCCUACCGCCUGCGGCUCCUCGACCCCGCGCUCUCAUUCGCCUGGCUCUCCUCCGACCACCCGGAUGUGAGUGAGCAACUGAGCACACUCACGCACCCACAUCUGCAAUCCUCCUGGUCUUUCCUUCAUCCCUACGGCACCGACCUGCAAGAGCACGACCCAGUAGCUGCCAGUUUCUCACACCUCCUCAUUUCAGCAGAGUCUGAUUAUCUUGCUGCUGCACUCAACUCAACUUGGACCCAUGCCUUGCAUGCCCUCAGGUCCACAAAUGGCCGGCUAUACUCCAUGUUUUUGUCCUACUAG